AUGAGCUCAAAUGCUUCGAACAACAAGCCGACUAUAGCUGAGCUACAUAAGAUAUUAGCAACUGGAAAAAGUUUAGACCAAACUAUAACAAAAGAGCUUGGAUAUCCUGAUCUUACCGACUUGUUUAGCACAGGUGCUUCAGACGUAUAUACAACUUCGUUUGCUAGCUUGAAGCAAGAGCUUGUUUCCAUCACUGACAAGCAGUUCCCCGAACAAAUUAAGUCAAAAAUUGAUGAAACUCGUUGUCGUAGUUUUGUUGGAAUAUUAAAAGAAAUUAAGCGAGCAUGGAUUAGUCUUGAUCAUUGCUUAUAUUUAUGGGAUUACAAUACAGGUGGGGAUAUAUGUGAAUAUGUGGAUCAAGAUCAACCAAUUACCGCUGUAGGCCUUGUAAAGCCUAAACCAGGUGUAUUCAACCCCAAAAUUGAUUAUCUUUUGAUUGUUGCCACUGCACUACAAAUUAUUCCGCUCGGCAUAAGUGUAUCAGAACCUACUCAACUUGGAGAACAAUCAGUUGUGAAUUUGAUAGCGGUCAAUUUGGCUAUUCCGAGUGAUGACAUUAGUAUGAGAUCAGUCGUUGGUACAACUGAUGGAAGAAUAUUUAUGGUUGGAAACCCAACUGGAGACGAAACAAACAAUACGGGACAUCUGUAUGAAUUAGUUUACAAUGUACCUACUAAAUGGACUGGACCCCUAUGUCAGCUUGUUUGUAGAACAGAAAAUAUACUCAACAGAUUCUUGCCAACACCCUUAAAGAUGAAAUCAGAUUCACGCGUAAAAAGUGUAGUGAUUGACAGUGAGCGUAAAGUGCUGUAUAUUCUUAAUUUUGAUUCAAGUAUUGAAGUUGUUUACAUUGGAACUCAUGAAUACACUCCAGUCAUUAAAUAUAAAAGCGUUAUUGAACAUGCACAAAAUAUGUGCCGUCAGCAUCAAAGAGUCUGCGAUCCAGAAGAAUUUCUAAUUUCAUCACUGCACAUCAUCCCUAAAAAGGAGUCCCAAAAGAUCUAUUUGAUGGCGAUGACAACAGGUGGUUUCAGGCUCUAUUUCAGUGGACAUGCAAAUGUACUUCGCAUGUAUGCACCUGUCAGUGGAACGACCGAUAGACCAAGUACAUUAGAACUAGUCCAUGUCCGCUUCCCUCCGGCAGAGGCUAACUUACAUCCAGAUGAGCCAAAGGCAAGCUAUCAUACAACCUAUUACAGCCGCGGUACCUGUAUAUCGGCAAAGGCCAACAAAGAGUUUGAUUCAGUUCAUAUCACGGCUCUUGCGUCCGUACAACAAGAGCAAUCGAGCGCUAUCAGCUUUGGUUAUACAAAUAUCAAUAGAAUGCCUUUUAUCGAAACAGCUGCUUCCACCGAUACGAAAUUUAGAAUUGCAGCUAUAGAUGAGAUCAUGACUGGAAACGAACUGCGUGAAUUGGCUCAACAGCUUUCAGAUCCUCAGAGAACAUUUGUGGCAGUAUCCAUUGGUUCUAUAUGCGCCUACCACAAGAAGAGGCCUGUGGACAUACUCGAGCGUCUUAUAGCAAACUAUCGACCUUCAAACGAGAGUCAACGAAAGGAAAUUAUGACAUUUUUUGAUGAGUUCGGUAAAGCAGAGACAUGUGCCAUGUGCCUUUCGAUCAUCUGUGAUAGCGGUGAUAAACAAACCAUUGAUACAGCAACGUAUCUGUUUUUUGAAUACGGAGGCGUGCCUGCCGCAAGUAAGGCUAAUCAAGCGCCGAACAACUAUUUAGCACAUGCCGAUACCAUGAGCGGAGUGACCUAUAGUGGGAAGCAUGAUGGUUUUGUUCUGUUUUUAGCCCGACUCUUAGGACCUAUUUGGACAACAAAGUUAUUUGUACCAAGUAAGGAUGGGAAAAUAUAUGUCAAUAGUUGCAGUAAAGAAGACAAUCCAUUCAUUACGGUCAGACGAAAGCUACUUCGACUCAAGACAUUUAUGGAUGCGCACAAGGGUUUCCAUGAUCCUGCCACCAUUUCUGAUCCUCGCUUCCAAACGCUUGAUUCUAAAAUAUUAGCUCUUUACUUGGACGAACAACGAUCUGUACACGAACUCUAUUUAUUCCUUUUACAAUGCAUCGAUUCUAUUGAAUUUUCCGUCUUCUUAUGGGACGCUAAUACACGAAAUACCCUUCAACGAUAUAUAUCUGUCGAUACACCAAGUUUGUUAAAAGACUUGGACAUCAAGAUGAUGCUCACGAUGCAGGAAGGUCGCGACUUUUGCCACGAACUUGUCAUCACGGCCGUCGAUGAGGUCACUGUGAAGAACGCCGCAGCGUUUAAUGAAACUGUCUCAACCGAUCUGCAACAACGAUGCCCUGUAUUCUUUAGUCGUGGUGACUUUUUUUUCUUUAGAGGCGUGGAGUAUAUCCGACGAGCGCUGCACGAAGAUUCAGAAAACGAAAAAAGAUUCUUUUUACAGCAAUCACUUUCACAGUUCCAACAAGCAUCUGAUCAAAUAUCCGAGGCUCAUAUCAGCAGCAUCUGUUCCUUCUAUCAAGCACAAUCCUUCCAUGUUGGCGUUGUCGAACUCAUGCUGGACCGUGCUCAAAAGCUUGAUCCUCAACAGCAAGCACUCGCUGUAUUUGAAUCUGGAGGGCAAGGAGACGAAGCGAGCAAAGCACUCUAUGAUGCCCGCACAAAAACAUACAACUAUAUCUUUUUGGCACUCAAAGAUGCUAGAUCACUACUACAACCCAAGAUAGACAUGGGCAGACGUGUGCCCAUUGCGGACAAGGCCGUCUAUGUGAAGCAGGUGUUUGAAUCAGCGCUCCAGAACAAGGACCCAUUGUUCCAUUAUAAGCUCUACUAUUGGUACAUUAAUGAGAACAUGACGGAUGAAUUAUUGGCAGUCGACACUGAAUUCUUAGUGCCCUUCUUUUCCAAGGUCGUUCAGGACGAAUACAUCUCACUCAAUUUCCUAUGGCAGUACUACCGAGGCAAGACACAAUUUUACAAAUCUGCAAUAUGUCUUACACGACUGGCGGAAAUGCCAAGUGAUCAAAUUACAUUAGAAGCACGCAUGAAAUACCUGGCAUACGCUCGCGUCAAUUGUCGAUGUGGUGAAAAGGAAACAGAUAUUUCCAACUACACUCGUGUACAGUUGGCUGAACGAAUCGAUACACGCAUGAAUGCAUGUCGCCUUCAGAUACGUAUUCAGAAUAUAUUAAAAAAUUCUGGCAAUAUAGAUGCGAUUGCCGCUGCAAAAGAGUUAGACUAUCAGUUAUUUGAUGACGAACGUAAAUUAUAUUCAUAUGCCGAAAGAUUUCCUCAGUUACAAGACUUGUUUAAAUCAAUAUAA